AUGUCAGCACUCAAACCCCAAGGAACAGUCAACACGUCCCACCCAAGGCCAGUUGCGCUUGCCCAUGUGGUCCUGCUCACCACUGCGGGCAAUUACAAGGCCAUGGUAAAUUUUUAUACUCGUGUAUUAGCUGCAGAUAUCUCUUACAGGACAGAAACUAUGACGUUUUUGCGUUACGACCAUGAACAUCAUCGCAUCGCCAUAAUCCAGCUACCCCAUAUCGAAUCACGACCGGAGAAUAAAACGCUUACUGGACUUGACCAUGUCGCCUUCACGUUUGAGUCUUUAACCAGCCUUGCUCAAACAUAUGCCACACUCCGAUCUGAUAAAGAGCCCAUUAUGCCGGUUUGGACUGUCAACCACGGACCGACUACAAGCAUGUAUUAUCGAGACCCCGAUGGAAAUAAGGUGGAGCUGCAGGUUGAUAACUUUGACACCUUAGAGGAAUCGAUUGAGUUUAUGAACGGUCCCUUAUUCGCUAUGAACCCAUUUGGAACAGACUUUGAUGCAGAGGAAUGGGCCACUGCUAUAUUGAGCAAGGUUGGUCCAAAUGGCGAGGAAGGCUUGUCUCAGAACGAGAUUAGGAAACUGAAGACAAGAACGGAAAUUGGAGAACGACUUUCACCCUCAUUUAUCGGUUGA